UGGACUGGCGCUGCCAGCCUCCCUGAGCUGUGGGGAGGACAGGGCUUUGUGAAACUCUACUAGUACCUGCCUACAGGUCCUGGCUAUAUCCUGAGAGCACAAUGUCUCGCAUCCUAUCCUCUCUCCGUGUGUGUCAUUGAAUUAAAGGCACCCUAAGAGGAAUAAUCCACUAAAUAUGCCUUUACCAAAUGCCUCCUGAGAGACUGGGCUACUGCUGGUGUGGGGGCUGGGCACACAAAUGAAAACAACGAGCUAUCCCCUGCCCCAAGGGGCUUACGGUCUGAAAAGGAGGCCUGGGACAGAUCAAAGGCUCUAGAACAUGGGGAGGGACUUGAUGAAUGAGGGAAGCCCUCUCCUAGGCGGGGCUGCCCUCCAUGGAAGGAUCUCUGUACCUGGGGAUAAGAGGGAAGGGCGGGCCUAGAUCAGAGGGUGUCUCCGACUCGGUGGCAGGCCUUCAGUGCAGGCUGAAGAAGCUUGUCUUUCAUCCUGCGUGGGCUAGAAACCACGGAACUAUUGUGAGUAAGGAGAGUGACGGGGACACAGUGUAGGCUGUUUGGGGAGCCGGGUAGAGGAGGUGCUGGAGACAGAAGUCCAGGGGAAGGGGGGUGAAGGCUCGAGCCAGGGCGGCAGCCCGUGAGUGGGAGGAGCACCGUGAAGAGGCGGUUGAGAUCAUCUUGCGCUUCACACCCUGAAUGGGUAGAAAUCAGCCCGACACAGACACUGGCUCUGGGGGAGCCCUGAUUUUGGGGCCCAGGUGCUGAAAUGUCCAUUUCCUUUAGUUGUUUGGAGAGUGUGCUGCUCGUGGACGGAAUCCUGUGGCCUCCUGGUCAGCCAGGGAGCUCCCUCUUUCUUCCCCAGAGCCUGGUUGCCAGGACGAGGCCCAGCAUCCAUGUGGAAGGAGGAUCAGGAAACUCCCUUCCCUCUGCCACCAACCUGUUAGUCUGGUUGGGCCAGGUGGGCCCGGAGGUUGGCCCUAGCCUGUUCUUUGGCUCUGUUUUGGUGCCUGGCUCCGGGAGGGCCUGCCCAGAGCGCCUUUGAUGUGGGAGGUCAGGACCCCGGCGGGCUGCGCCCACCCCCUGCCCGUAGUCCGGCCUUUGUCCCUGCGAGCAGCCGUUGCUCAAUCAGCUCGUGCUGGCCAGCGUGGCCGUUUCUCCCAAGUUUGCCUUAGUUUAAUGUUUAAAAGGCUCGGCUGUCACCGGGAGCUGAGAUCGUCGAGGCCGCCGUGGAGAGAGGAUGUGGGACUCCGACCGUCAUGUUAAGGUGAAGCCUCGAAGUUCUGUGCUGAACAUGCUCAAAAGGUUUGACAAAAUCAGGUUCAGAGGUCACAAGAGAGAUGAGUUCCUCGAUUUAGCCGAGUCCCCCAACGCGUCUGACACCGAGUGUGGCGAUGAGAUCCCCGUGAAGAUCCCUCGGACUUCCGCCCGAGACGGCGAGGAGCUGCGAGACCCCGCUGGUCCGGGCACUCUCAUCAUGGCUGCCGGAGUCCAGGAUUAUAACCGGACAGAAUUCGACCGACUAAAUGAAAUUAAAGGGCACCUGGAAAUCGCCUUAUUGGAAAAACACUUUUUGCAAGAGGAGCUGCGGAAGCUGAGAGAGGAGACCAACGCCGAGAUGCUGAAGCAGGAGCUGGAGAAGGAGCGGCAGCGGCGCCUGGAGCUGGAGCAGAAGUUCCAGGAGAUCCUGAAAACCAGGGCCGAGGAGCCAGCCCCCCAGCAGCCCCCCAAGGGACCAGUGGCAGCUGCGACCCAGGCCAACCACGGCUCAGACAAGCGCAGCCAGAUGAUGUGUUCUCGACUCCAGAAGUGGUUCUAUGACAGAUUUGGGGAAUACGUGGAAGAUUUCCGCUUUCAGCCUGAGGAGAGCACGGUGGAGACCGAGGAGCCGCUGAGUGCCAGGAGGCUGACUGAGAACAUGAGGAGGCUGAGUAAGUCCCUGAACAAAGCUGAGAUGCCCUUCGUAGCUUCUGAGAAGGAGCGGCUCCCUGGUGGGCCGGCGCUCUCUGUGGGCCCUCCCCAGUGCCCAUGGAGGGGGAGCGCUCGGCCGGGGCCCUGCCUGGGGUCUCUGCCCACCGAUGAAAUUGCCAGGCGGAGAGUCUGGGGGUCUCCUCGAGAGCCCCCAUUUGAGGGACAUUUCCAGAGGAAACCCCUCUGUUACCUCCAGCUGCUGGUGAUGGAGAGAAGUCAUCCCCAGGAUUUUUCACCAAUGGGGUCUCUCCGUCUCCGGGCCCCUGGGGCCACUCCCAGCAGGUGGGGUGACAGCCCUGAGCUAUGGGCCGCUGCAGGUCCUGCCCCUCCUGCCCUGGGCGAGUCCCUCCCUGAGCGGUUACAUGAAGCCGCUUGGACGUGGGAGCCCUGCUCUCGAGGGUCCUGGAUGCCGGCUCCUUUCCUGGUCGCCCGGGGCGACCUCCUGGGCUGGGUCAUUCCCGACCUUGGUGCUGCGGCCGGGGGGCCUCUGCAGACCCAGGGGCGGCCUGUGGCUGGGGAUCUUAGAACAGAAAGACGGGCCUUUCUCCCUUUGUGUCCUGAAAGGGGCUGGCGGAUCCAGUGGAGCAUCGUGCCUGAAGUGUCCGAGGUCGUGGACCCUCCAAAGGAAGACCUGACAGUGCGAAAAGUUCCAGUGGUCUGGAGGGAGAAGGCCCAGGCCUUUGCGGGCAUCAAGUUUUUCCUGAUCGCUUCAUCUUCAAACGCUGCCCCGCCCCCGGCCGCCCACACCCCACAUCAUCUGGACCAGCCUCCCGGACCCCAGCUCAAGGGCCGCCACCGUGGCCAGGAGGAAUUCCCGGAUGAUUCAGGGGCCCCCGGGGCGGGCACCUCCCCAAGCCCCAGCACCCCACUGGCCCUGGAGGGUGGGCCCGGGCUGGGGUCUGGGCCCAGCCCAGUCACAAGGCGCUUUGUCUUCCAGUACAAGGUCCUGUCUGUCCUCCCGGGAUCCGGCAUGGGAAUCGCAGUGUCCACACCGUCCACCCAGAAGCCCCUCGUGUUUGGUGCCAUGGUGCACAGGGAUGAAGCGUUUGAGACCAUCUUCGGCCAGUACGUGAAGAUCACGUCUGCGGCAGCAUCCAGUAGUGACAGCUAGUGGUGACCCCGGGGCCGCCGGGACCCUCCUCUUUUAAGCAACUCUGGCAGUGAAAGUGACUGGUCAUCUCAUGAUCUCCUUGGCAAUAACACCCCCGGCCCCGGGGGCCCAUCCCACGUCCUGACCCUCGGUCCCGUCAGCCUUCUAGCUGGUCUGCAGCAUCUGCGGGAGAGACGGAGAGAGCACACAGCUGACCUCGCACACUGAAUGCUGUUUGUCAGCUCGUGGGGAGGUCCCGGCGCCCGUCGGAUAGCCGGUCGCCUCGCGCGGAUCCCUCGGGCCCCCUGGCGCAGAGCAUCUGGAGGCCCCCAGGCCCUGUCCGCUGCCCUCGGGACGCCGACCCAUCCCCUCAGGCCCUUAUCGUGGUGUACCCCGUUUUUGGUUCUCCUUCACUGAGGUUGACGAAGAAGAAUUGGAAGAGUUGGGAUUGGAGGAGGAGAACGGGGACGAGGGAAACUGUGCCUCCAGCUCCAUAGCCUCCAGUCCAGGAGACCCGGAAACAUUUCUUCCUGACUUCCCUGGAUGCUUUGAAGGGGCAUCCCGGGGAAGGCCCUGUGAGCCCUGAGAAGUGCCCCCUUUCUGGCCCUUUACCAAAACUGCCUCCUCAACUUUACCCCGGCUCCAGGUUGGCUUUCUCUUUAGCGCCCCAGGAAGCCUGGCGUGAGACCUUAGCACAUGGAAUCCGCCCGAGUCGGAGCGGGGGACCUGCAUCCCCGGGAGUCGUCCCAGUGCCCUCGCCCUGCUCUGUGUGCGCCAUCUGGAAGGUGCUACGGAGGGCGGGCCGGCCUUCUGGGCUUCUUGGUUUCCAUGGCGACGCUGAAAGGGCUUGGUAGUGGAGGGUAGUUAAAAUUAGUCUGACAACAGCUUGUUCCCCGAGCUGAGGGGGCCGGCCGGCUGCGAGACAAGCCGGAGCUCUUCUCCACACAGGCCUGGCACCCCCCCUUGCCAGUCAAGCCCCCGAGGGCCCACGUACUGGGAGAAAGGCGGCUGGGGAGCCGGGCAGUGCCCUUUCAUCCGGACAGUAUUUCUAGGUCAUGUUUGCAGUGUCGGAGUAGUGUGUGACGAGACCCCUUGACUGCUGCCCAGGAGAGCUGGAGCAAGCUUGGCCCGACCCCCCAUCUUGAUCCCUCUUCCCAGAUCCAUUCAGGGGGAAACAUGUCUGUCCCAUACAGGGUGAAAAAGUGGGGAAAACCCCGCUUUGAGCAGUGAGAACCCAGGCCAAGGGCUGGGUCUGCCCUCAGAAUGAGAGGUCUCGGCUUAUUUGUUCCUUAACCCGAACUUGGAGAUGGUCCGAAGGCUUCAGAACCCAAGGGCACGACCCGGUCUUCUGCUCCAAGUGAGGACCGUGCAAGAGACGUUCUUCGGAAGUCACCUUCAGCGUGUAGGGAGUCUUGGGAAACAGUCAUCAUGGGAGGCCAAGAGGGUAGAGAGACCAAGAGUGUAGGGAGUCUCUGGAAGCCACCAUGGUAGACCAAGAAGCAUCAUGAGCUUGAUGUCCGCCCAGCUCCAGCCAGAUCCCAGCCCUUCCGGCUCAUCCUUUCUCCCCUGGAUGUUUGUGAGAAUUGCUUUUUGAAGAAACAGAUUCUAUUUUUUACAGAGAGCAAGCUGUUUUUCUUAUUUUUGUAUCAUUUUCAGAUGGAAUUUUUACCUUCGCUCUGAUCAUAAUUUGCUGGUUCGGAGAAGAAAUUGGGAAGCAGCCCUUCUUGCUUCCCUUUCCGGGCCCAUUGAGCCUCCACCUCCGGGAGAUGGGAAAAGCUUUGAGGAUGGUUGGUUUUUGCCCAAGGCCAGUCCGGGUGAUCCAGCUCCCCGGGGCUGGGUCAGAUUAGGGUAGGAAGGAGUCACCACUGAAGACCUGGGCUCUUGGCAGGAUUUAUGUCCCGCCCCACAAA